UAGGAUCUGAGAUUGCAACCAUGCAUGCAGUGAAAUGGUCUUCAUCAACUCUUCAUAUCCUACUUUUCACUCUUCUCUUUCCUCCUCAACGCCCUAGUCCCGUAUACAACUUGCCUCGUUGCCCAGCGAGCGCAUUCCAUCUUCAAAAUGCACUCCAUAUCCGACUUGACGACGUUCUGUCGGAAGACGACCGGUGACGUCCCUCCGAAGCUUGUGGGCGCGUCAACCACAGUUGUAGGAUCAAAGAUGUAUCUUUUCGGUGGGCGCCUGGUCACAGAGCGCCGCAUGGUGUCGGAUCUAUAUGUGUUCGAUAUGGAGACCUUCGUCUGGGAGAGGAUCACACCAUCUCCAGAGGAUGAUAUCCCUGAAGCAAGAUAUUUUCACUGCACGGAGACUUGGAACAAUCAACUGAUUAUUUUCGGUGGUAUGGGCAGCACCCCGAACUCCAAUAAUCCUGAAGAUCUUUGUGUACUCAAUGACGUCCGUUUCUUCGACUUAUCAAUAAUGCACUGGCUUCCCGCAACAGCUACUAAUAGCACCUCUGCGGAGUCUGGCGCGGAGACCGUGAUUCCAAAGCCUCGAUAUGCCCACCUAUCAUCUGUUUCAGCUGAUCGUCUUUUCAUCAUCGGUGGUCAAGACCUGUCGAAUGUUUGGCUAGAUGACAUCUAUGUGUACGAUUUAUUGGGUAGAGCUUGGGUUCAGCGCCGAAGUUUUCCCCACCAUUGUGGUACCUACCGUAGCGUAGCCGUCUCCGCAAACCAACGUGUCCGAUUACCGCAGGAAGAAGUCCACCCAACGGAUACGACCACCAUGCUAGGUCCCCCUGGAGCACGAUUCCGGCCCGACAAGUCCCCCCCUUCAGCCCAAGCCUUCACUUCGUCCGAUUCGUUCGUUCACAUGCCGUACUCAGCACCCCCAACUGACGACUUUCCGAAUGACAUCUACCUGUACAGUAACUAUAACUUCACAGAUGUCAAGCGCGAGUUCGAGGUCUUUUCGCCACUACCAGACACAGAUUUCACAAUCACAGAUCGUUCCACCGAUAUGACAGGCACGUCAUUCCCCCCAGGACUCCGUUUUCCUUCAGGUGCUAUCCUGGGCAACCACUUUAUCAUUGCUGGCACGUACCUGGCGCAUACAUACCAAUCUUAUUCUAUCUGGGCGUUAGAUAUGUUGACCAUGACUUGGUCUCGUAUUGAUCCGGGGAGCGCCGUGGCGACUGGGUCCUGGUUUCGUUCCUGUUUAUGGGCAGAGGCGAAUAAAUUCAUGAUCUUCGGUAACCGGAAUGGCAACCUCAUCGAAGACUACAACCGCCGGCUUCUCAGUUGGGAUCACGUUGCUGUGAUAGAUUUGGAGUCGUUUGGAAUCUAUCAACCUCCGCCUCUGCAGAUUGAUAUACCAAUGCAGGAGUUUGGAUUAUCUGCCCUAGAAGAGGGUAUUCUUGCUGAUUUUGAAAUCAUCUGUGACGAUGGGCGCAAAGUCAAAUGUUCAAGGAAGACUCUCGAGGAACGUUGGCCUUGGUUCAAAGACCAAAGGAACAAGUUCUUGGCGCGGGCACGACAGGCAAUAGAGAUCUUGCCAUCAUCUUCCAUGGAUGUUGGGCUUCCGGAUCUCCCUGGCACGCCAGGUUCUUCGGAAGCGCGUCCAGACCCACGUCUCACGCCACGCGCCUUCAACCUGUCCGAGCCUUAUCCAAUCACACUCGCACUAUUGCAGUAUUUUUACUCAUUGGCGCUUAUCACUCCCCUUCAACAUGCGCCUGCGGUGUUGAGCCAAUUGUUGAUCCUCUCAAGUACUUAUCAAAUCCACCACCUCGAAUCCCUUGUAAAGCAUGCAAUGCAUCGGGCUCUUUCGAAUUCAACUUCUGUCGGUGUGUACGAAGUCGCAACACUGUGUAGCUGUCGGAGCCUUCAAAUUAGGGCACUCAAGACAGUGAUGUCUUAUAGCCAGAAGAGGACUGGUCGUUCCCGCGCUGACAGUAAAACCGGAGGCGGUGGUCGUAAUCCUGACCCCAGCGACAGCGAUAACCCUGGUCGUUCGAGUGACAAUGUCCCAACAUCAAGUCGUAGCCGUGGUGGUGGUGGCGGCGGCGUUUCUGACACAAAUUUCCCUGGCUCUCUGGACCAGCAGAGCAGUACAGGCUCAACGACAAGAGGAUUCACAGCUAAUCACAAUUUUCCCACUCAUGAUGGGGCACGUCAGAUUUCGGCUGCCACCGUAACUGCGACAGAUUCUCAAAUAACACCUCCCUCACAUAAGAACACACUUUCUGAAUGUACGUUAACGCCACGAAGGAAAAGAUCCAUGGCGCACCACCACAGAACGUACAGCAUCAUUUCGGCACAUACGGAUUUUGAGAUAUGCGCCGUAGCCGACCUGCUUUCGCCUUCAGUAUCGCAUCCACGGAGCUACGCCGAAGAGCAAGAACGCGUUGGGGUCGCAAUAGAUGAUACCGAUGACUUCCUUGAUCCCAGCAACGGUAUUCAUACUGCUGGAAAGGCUCCUAUAGCUCCAUAUCUUCUUCUAGAGCACGAAGAACCACUUUCGCCUUUCUUCGGAUCGCAUUCCAUGACCCACUCAACCACUCAUUCAGAAUCUGAUUUCGACAUAUCAUCAGAUGAUUAUUCUGGCCCCCACACUCCCUCCGUCUCCUCCUUCCCUUCUUUCCACCUUCCUCGCCGCACGCGGACGCGGUCACGUGCUAGCAACAGGCACGUAAGUGCCAGCGACAGCGAUACACCCUCCUUGUCGUCUUCAACGACGUCUAUCAGCUCGAGUGGCAGUAUCUCACAAUUAUACUCAACUUCGCCUCCUGUCAGCCCUGACACCCUCAGGACUCCCAUUGAUUAUCCCGCUGUUGCUAACCAACACCUUACCAUCAUUGAGGAGCGAUCAGCGGAAAACCAAGAUAUAACUGGACGCCGCUAUUCUGACUCCGGAAGCAUCAUCUUUUCUCCCGAUUAUACACCAUCGUCGCUGCGGAAGCCAUUUGUCACGCGAACCCCUGAGGCGCGACCAAAAGGUCGCGUGUUCAAUGUAAAGAACUUGCAACUCAGUGUUCAACCCACACCCACCCACCAUUUUCCAUCCAUAUCACCUUCACCUUCUUCGUCCUUCAGCUCACCCAUGAGCAAUAACUUUUCCCCGACAAGUGCCUAUACACAGAUGACCAGCCCUCGCACCACGAAGUCCUCCACUCUGAACCGUUACAUCUCUUCGAGCUCGAGCAGUAGCAAGCCUCCGAGCGUGCUUGAAAGCGCGUGGUCGGCGUCUCCAACGGCGAGCGUCGUAACAGCAAAAACAGCUCGCAAGGAAGACAACAAAGCAGAGAAGGCGCGGAAGUCGGAGGAAAAGAAGCGACAGAAGGCGGAGGCCAAAGCUGAGGCCAAGGCUAAAGUGGAGAGAUUGGCGGAGGAACUGAAGGAGCGCCAACGACGGAAAGCUGCUACGUUCGAUAGGCAGUCAGUGCACUCCCAUCGGUCAUUUGGUCGUGUUCCACGGCGGCAUUGGGAUGCUGAUAUUGCUAUGUAUGACGGGUUGGGCGCCCUCUGAUCGCCGUCCUUUUUUGUCUUCAUUUGCUGUCUACUAUUCUUGCUUGUUCCUAGAAUUCAUCGUAUAU